UACUUCUUCAUGUUGGAAGACUUGCAGCUGAACUUGCUUGUUGCCUUCUUUACCCUUCCUUCUUCCUCAACCAAGAAGUUCACACCGUCGACAUGCCGACAAACGAUUCUCCACCGGCAAGCCCAGAGACGUCCACCCAGUGGAGUCCGUUUCGGGGACCUCUGAAGUCUAUCGAGCCAUGGAACUUCCAAGUCUUGACGGCCCUCAUGGUUCUGAUCACGACUUUUUCAGUUCUCGAGAACUUUAUCGUCAUCAUCGUCACCUUGAAGUUCAAGCAGCUGAGGCAGCCGCUAAAUUACAUCAUAGUGAACCUGUCGGUGGCGGACUUCUUGGUGUCCAUUGUGGGCGGCGGUAUCAGUAUUGCCACCAACAGUAAAGGAUAUUUUUACCUGGGACACUGGGCUUGCGUGUUGGAAGGGUUUGCAGUAACUUUUUUUGGAAUCGUAGCUUUGUGGUCCCUGUCAAUCUUGGCCUUUGAGCGGUACAUCGUGAUUUGUCGGCCACUUAGAAAUCUCCGUCUUCGCGGGAAACAUUCAGCCAUUGGUAUUCUGUUUGUGUGGGUCUUCUCUUUCAUUUGGACAAUUCCUCCGACCAUGGGAUGGAGUAGUUACACAACGAGUAAGAUUGGAACCACGUGUGAACCCAACUGGUAUUCAGGAGAAACGGAAGACCAUACCUACAUUAUCACAUUCCUUACCACAUGCUUCGUUCUACCUCUGCUGCUCAUAUUUGUGUCUUACGGAAAGUUGAUGAGAAAGUUGAGGAAGGUUUCAGACACUCAGAACAGGCUGGGAUCUUGCAGGAAACCAGAGAAGGAAGUCACUCGGAUGGUUGUCAUAAUGAUCCUGGCUUUUCUCAUUUGCUGGACACCAUAUGCUGCUUUUUCUAUCCUGGUCACGGCACAUCCCACCAUAAAGUUGGAUCCACGUCUCUCAGCAAUCCCAGCAUUCUUUGCAAAAACGGCUUCCAUGUAUAAUCCCAUAAUUUACGUAUUUAUGAACAAACAGUUCAGGAGGUGUCUGCUUCAGAUGUUCCACUGCAAUGACCUAGAAACAAAGGAGUCGAAUAACCCAACUUCAGAGCGGGUAGUGUUAAACCGUUCUAACCACGGUGGGGAGAUGCAAGCCAUAGCAGCGCACAUAACCUCGGACCGAAAGACUGAAGAACAGCAGAGCAGCUGCAACUCAUUUGCACAGCUUCCAACAUCAGAGAACAAAAUUUAUCCUAUGUAGACUCUCUAUAUAUAUAUACAGUAUAUUUAUAUUAUUCAGUAUGUGCUGAUUAUUAUAAAGACCUGAGUUCUCUUCCACACGGCUUCCACCAAGAGGAUUAUACGAAUUACUCGUCAAUGCACCGUUCAUAUAUAGAAACCAUGUGACUGUGGAAAUGCGUUUCAUCCUGAAAAUGUAUGAUUACACUA